UCACAUUCACCCCUCCUCCUCCUCCUCCUCCUCCAUUCCCCUGCCUCCUCUAAAAAUGUUUACCAAUUAGAGGAAGGACGGAGAUCAACCAAACAUGUACGGAUAUAUGUUUAUGAAUAACAUGAUCACAAAGAUGGCCAAUGGAAAUACCACUUUGGCUCAAUUUGGAUCAUCAAUCGCUAGUCUUUUAUUCGUGUUAGCCAUAAUCCAAAGAUACAUACCACACGACACUCGCGACUGGUUUGGAAAAUACACACGACGAUUCAUGGCUCCGUUUUACCCUUAUAUCGAAAUCAAGUUUCACGAAUUCACUAGCGAUCGUUUCAAACGUAGCGACUCGUAUUCGAUCAUCGAGUCUUACUUAAGAUCCACCACUACCAAAGAAGCCAAACGUCUAAAAGGCACCUUUGUUAAAAACAAGGACCAAAACCAAGUUGUGUCUUUAUCAAUGGAUGAUUAUGAAGAAGUCGUGGAUAUUUACAAAGGUGUCAAAGUUUAUUGGACAUCUGGGAAAAGAACAGUACAAUCCACCCGAUAUUCGGUGUCUUCUUUUGAUCAUCCAUCGGGGGAAGAAAGAAGGUAUUAUAAAAUAUCGUUUCAUAAGCGCUAUAGAGAACUUAUAAUCGGGGAUUAUUUGAAACACGUGCACAAAAAAGGGAAAGAAAUAAGGAGAAAAAACAGGUCUAAAAAACUAUAUACAAACAACGGGUCACACUGGACACAAGUUGUAUUCGAGCACCCUUCUACUUUUCAAACUUUGGCUAUGGAUCCUGACAAGAAACAAGAGAUUAUUGAGGAUUUGACGACUUUUAGUAAAUCAGAAGAGUACUAUGCUAGAAUCGGGAAAGCAUGGAAACGUGGGUAUCUUUUAUAUGGUCCUCCUGGAACAGGGAAAUCGACUAUGAUUGCCGCGAUGGCGAAUUUUCUAGAUUAUCAUAUAUAUGAUCUUGAGUUGACUGCAGUGAGUGAUAAUACCUCGUUGAGGAAGUUGUUGAUCGAGACAUCAAGCAAGUCGAUUAUUGUUAUUGAAGAUAUUGAUUGUUCUGUUGACCUUACGAGUCAAAGGAAAAAGAAUGAAACCGAAGAAGAAGAAGAAGCAAACGGGUUAUCAGGAAAGAAAACGACAAGAUCGGGUGAUAAGAAUGGUUCCAACACUAGUACUAAAGUGACGUUGUCGGGGCUUUUGAAUUUCAUAGAUGGUCUUUGGUCUGCUUGUGGUGGAGAAAGGCUAAUUGUGUUUACUACUAAUUUUGUUGAUAAACUUGAUCCCGCGUUGAUUAGAAGAGGGCGGAUGGAUAAACAUAUUGAAAUGGGGUAUUGUUCUUUUGAAGCGUUUAAGGUUUUGGCAAAGAAUUAUCUGUAUUUGGAAUCACAUGAACUGUUUGAUGAGAUUCGUGUUAUGUUGGAAGAAACUGAUAUGACUCCUGCAGAUGUUGCGGAGAAUUUGAUGCCCAAGACUAGUCCAGGGGAUCCUGAAAUGAGCUUGAAAAAUCUCAUUGGUGCUCUUGGGGCCGUGAAACUAAAGAAGAUUGCGGAGGAUGAAGAGAAAAAGAAAGGUAGUGAGAUCAAGAAAAUUGCAAAAAAUGUUGAGAAGAAAUCAAGUGAUGAGGAAUGCAAGGUGUUGAAAGACGUUGUCGCAAAUGGUUCAAGUGACAAGCCGGAGAAAUGUGAAGCGAUGAAGUAAGACAAACGCGAGAAAUGGCAGGCUCACUUGUACAUUUCUUUCAGGCAUGGUAUGUUAUGGAACAGUUUGAAUAAGCUAGUAUGGAUUUUGAGAUGUUGCUUUUGGAUAUUUAUAUAGAUAGAAGAUGGGUCAUUUCUUAUCUCCAUUUAAGUAUUUAAAGUACUCUUAAUUCAAGCGAAAUAGUUCCUGCAUUAUCCUAUAAAUUAGCUUGUUUGUUCA